GGAGCGCGGGGAACCGCGGAGCUCCCGAUCCCCGCGCUUGGGUUUCUAUUGUAGGCGGCGCAUUCCUCGGGAGGGAGGGGGGGUGUGUGUGAGUGUGUGUGUGUGUGUCGGAGCCUUCCCACACUCGGAGCAGCUCUUAUUUAAUGGGGGUCUCCAUGCAGGGCAGACGCCAGAGGAGGUUUUGCCGUCCCCCAGCUCCCAGCUGAUCAAGAGCAUCUCACCCGGCAGGCGCUGCCAUGGAGCGCGUGGUCGAGAUAACGCCGGAGGCAGCGGCUCCUGGGAUCAGCCAAGGCUCUGGGAUGCACCUCAGGAAGGAUUUGAGGAGGAUGCGGUGCGCGGUGCUGCUGUGCCUGCUCUCGGUGAUGGUCCUCAUGCUGCCCAUCGCCUACCUGCUGGUUGGAAACCUGCGAGCCCCCAGCUCCUGCGGCAGCCAGGUCCCAGAGGAGAGGGGCUCCCUCUUUCUGAAGCAACGGGCCGUAGCUGUUACAGACACACUUUCCAGUGCAGAGAAGCCCCGAGCUCAUCUGACAGUGAAGAGACAAGACCUCAGCAGAGCCGUGGGGAACCACCUGCCCAUCCUGCAGUGGGAAGACAAGCGAGGCUUGGCCUUUACCAAGAACAACCUGAGUUAUUCCAGCAACGCUCUGGUGAUUCCUGUGUCUGGGGACUACUAUGUCUAUGCUCAGGUCACGUUCCGAGGGCCCAUUGAGAGCCACAGUAAACCCAAUUCUGUCACUGAGAUCAUCACCAAGGUCACUGACAGUUACCCCGAGCCCACUCAGCUGCUGACAGGCACCAAGACCCUCAGUGAGAACUGGAAUGGCUGGUUCCAGCCCAUUUAUCUGGGAGCUGUGGUCUCCUUGGAGGUGGGGGACAAGCUGAUGGUCAACGUCAGCGACAUCAAGCUGGUGGAUUACACCAAAGAGCACAAAACCUUCUUUGGGGCCUUUUUGCUGUAGGUUUCUGGCAGCAGCUGGGGGAUGGGUUUCCCUUCAGGGCCCUGGGGGGACCUCGUUGGACUUUGGCUUUGUUGGGUGUGCACUGGGGUGCGAUUCCUGCUGCUGUCCCUCCUCUGUACCAUCACCCCCCUGCAGCUCAAGGGAGGCUUCUUUUAAUGGGUAGGGAAAGCUGAAGCUGCAGCUUGAACUG